AGCUUCACAAUAAUAAUUUAUUAUUAAUCUGUCGACCCAGGUAUGGGGCAUCCAAUAACCUCAUAGUCCCCUCAUUUUAUUUUAUUGUGCAGCUUUUGACCCUCGAAACACUCUCCUUUGUCCUCUUGUUAGCACUUCACUCAUUAUCCAAUCCCACACUCCCCCUUCCUAAAAUCCCUUACUCUCUACUAACAACAACAACGCCACUUGAGAGCCAGCCAAACAACCACCACCAUUUCCUCCUCCACAACAUAAUCACUCACAUUUUUAACCAUCUAACUCCACAAAAAACCAAACAACUAACUAGGUUAGUUAGUCCUCAGUCCUCACCUAAGAAAAACACAAAAAACAACAAGCUUACAUUUAUGGAUCUACUAACCAUCACUCUCAUUACUUUUCUUUUCCUCACUCCCAAAGGUAUCACUGGUUCUUCCUUCACAUUCGUAAACAGAUGCGACUACACAGUAUGGCCAGGCAUUCUCGCAAAUGCCGGUAGCCCAACUCUCGGAAGCACCGGUUUUGAACUUCCCCAAGAAACCACUCGCUCAUUUCAAGCUCCAGCCGGUUGGUCCGGCCGAUUCUGGGCACGAACAGGUUGUAACUUCGACGGAUCCGGCUCCGGUUCAUGUCUCACCGGAGACUGCGGUUCCGGCAUGAUAGAAUGCAACGGCGCCGGAGCUGCUCCACCAGCCACCCUCGCAGAGUUCACUCUCGGAACCAUAGGACAAGAUUUCUACGACGUGAGUCUUGUAGACGGUUACAAUCUACCCAUGAUCGUCGAAGGCUCGGGUGGGUCCGGCAUGUGUGAAUCAACAGGCUGUACGUCAGAUCUUAACCAGCAAUGUCCGGCGGAGUUGAGAGCCUCAGAUGGAAGCGCGUGUAAGAGCGCGUGUGAGGCUUUUGGUAGUCCUGAGUAUUGCUGUAGCGGCGCGUAUGGUUCACCGGCGACUUGUAGACCUUCUGUUUACUCGGAGAUGUUUAAAGCUGCUUGUCCUAGAUCGUAUAGCUACGCUUACGAUGAUGCGUCGAGUACUUUUACAUGUACUGCUGCAGAUUAUACCGUUACCUUUUGUCCAUCUUCUCCAAGUAAAAAAUCUUCGCAAUAUCCAACUCCAGUGAGCUCAACAACGUUACCAGGGACAGGGACAGUGAUAGGGACUCCUGAGAUUGGAACAGGAUCUGAAGGGGGAGUGGAAUACAUGGGUACGGGUUCGGCCACACCGAUAGGGUAUUCGGUACCUGUUAAUUCAGGGACAGGAUCUGGAUCUGGAGGAGAGACCAUGCUUGCAGAUGGGUCAUAUUUAGCUGGAUUGGCCAUGGGAGAUUCUUCUGCAACAGUUUCUUCUGUGUUUCAUUACUCUUUUGGCUUUUUGCUUGUUAUGUUCUUGCUUUAGUGUUUAGGUUUAGCACUAUUUUCGUUGUAUUUGGGUUUGUUAAAUGUAAAUGGGUAUUUAGAUUUUCGGGUUUUGGGGUUUAUGAAUUUUGGUCUUGUUGUCCACUAAAGCUGGCAGAUUCUUCUUUGUUGUAAACCACCCACUAUAAGAUUCGUUUGAAAAAUUAUUCUGUCUUUCAUUUCUUAAA